AUGUUGAUUGAAGUGGAUGUAGAGAUUAAAGAAAAUGAGGUAGUAAGGAAAGAGGUCACAGGUGAAGAAGGUGUAGUCAAAGAAAAAGUUGCUACACCUAAACCAGCGGUUAAACAUCCUUUCCCUACAAGGAAUAAGAAGAAAGAACAACAUGAGAAAAACUUCGAGAAGUUCUUAGAGAUGUUCAAGAAACUCGAGCUAAAUAUUCCAUUCUUAGAGGCACUGGAGCAAAUGCCUACCUAUUCAAAGUUCAUGAAAUGUAUCAUCUCAAAGAAGCAAACAAUCGACAGUGACCCGAUUAUUCUAACUGAAACUUGUAGUGCUAUUUUUCAGGGAAUGAAGGUUCCGGUUAAAAAGAGAGAUCGAGGUUCGGUAACGAUUCCAUGCACAAUUGGUGAUAGGUCUUUCAAGAAAGCUCUGAUCGAUUUGGGAGUAAGUGUGAGUCUUAUGCCAUUAUCCAUUUACAAAAGAUUGGAAAUAGGUAAAGUACAAGAUACACGAAUGACACUUCAGUUUGCUGAUCAAUCAGUUAAAAGACCCUACGGAGUGGUAGAAGACGUGUUGGUGAAAAUCGACAAGUUCGUAUUUCCGAAGUUACCCUUGGAGAGAGUUUUGAGUCUAUCAAUCUUCGAAGAGGAGGAGGUAAUUGAUGAAAAAGACAGUGAAGUUUUAGCCAUGAUGGAAACAUCAUUUGUCAAAAAUUCUCGCCUCAACCGACGGGAGGAUCUAAGGCAACCGUUAGUGGAGGGAAUCGCUCUACCCACAAAUGAUGCGAGGGUGGUAGUAAACUUCCUCAAAACCAAUAUUUUCUCAAGAUUUGGGGUUCCCAGAGCACUCAUAAGCGAUGAAGGCACCCAUUUCUUAAACAAGUUGAUGGAGAAUCUGUUGAAAAAGUACAAUGUGAAGCACAAGAUUGCAACUGCAUACCAUCCUCAGACCAGUGGUCAGGUGGAGGUUUCGAACAGGCAAAUCAAGCAGAUUCUCGAAAAGGCUGUUAGUGCUUCAAGAAAGGAUUGGUCUCUGAAACUUGAAGAUGCACUAUGGGCAUACAGAACAGCAUUCAAAACCCCCAUUGGUAUGUCCCCGUAUCAACUGGUUUAUGGUAAGGCGUACCAUCUCCCUCUUGAGCUUGAACACAAAGCAUUUUGGGCUACCAAAUACUUGAACUAUGAUCUGACAAAAGCAGGUGGUCAGAGUGUGGAUCGAAACCUUAUCAUGCCUCCCCGAAAAACAACCCAGCGCCGCAACAUCAGGGAUGAUUCCGCGGAAUCCUCCCAACCAAGGCAGAGAGUCCGUCGCGCCCCUAGUCGCGCAACCGGUCGUAGUGGGAAUCAAGAGGAGAAUGCCCAUGGCAUUACAUUUGUUAAACCUGAGCACAAAGCAAGGUAUGAUGUUUUAGUUUAG